AUGUGUUUCUUUUUGGAAUGCCAAUUAUUCUAUCAUGCUAUUUGUUUCAGGGAUGCUUAUUGCUGGCCGACCAAUGAUAUUCUCUACUCCAAUCAACCACCUCGUAACCGGAUAUGUCUUAGAUCCGAUCGGAUUUCUCAAAAAGCACCAACUUUGGUGCUCUCUAGGGAGCACAGAUACCCAAAGACCACUGGAUCUGUGCUGCCUGGUGAGCACACGCGAAUGGUGCUCCCUAAGGAGCAUCACGUUGGGUGCUCCUCAGGGAGCAUCGAUCCAUGGUCCCAGAUCGGUGCUUCCCAGGCGCGCCCAGGGGAGGGAGGCCGGAUCUGACACUCCUUGACUAGAGGCGAAGAGGUAUC